UCCUCCACCCGAGCGGAUCGGCUCAGAUCAGAUCUCUCUCUCUCUCACACACACACACUCUUAAAAUGUCUCUUUAUCGGAACAUGACCGGCACGAGCCCGAUGGAUUACGGUUCGGAAGGGCGCGCGCACAAAGCGGGGACGGUGACAGACGAGCGUCUAGACAGCGGGCUGGACUCCCUGCGCGAGGACGACACGGAGGAUUACUGCAGCGCGCGCGACGAGUCCGUGAGCGCUGAGUUCGCGAGGCUGAGUGUAGACGGAGCGCACGAGGAGCCCUGGAUGACCGAGAUCACGGAAGACGGAGACACGUAUUUGCAUCUGGCUAUCAUUCAUGAAGCCCAAGACAUUGCAGCGAAAAUGAUCGAAAUGUUUGUCAAGCACCCGUUCCUGAACAAACAGAACUAUCAAAGACAGACGGCGCUGCACUUGGCUGUGAUCACAGAGCAGCCUCUGGUGGUGGAGCGUCUGCUGAAGGCAGGCUGUGACCCCAUGUUAGUGGAUAACAACGGCAACACGGCUCUGCACAUCGCCUGCAGGACGGGAUCGCUCACGUGUUUCGGGCUCCUCACUCAAAACUGCUUGGAGUAUCUGCCGUCCAUCCUGCAGAUGCCCAACUACAGCGGUCAGAAAUGCUUACACGUGGUGGCCGCACACGGCUUUCUGUCAUUGGUGGAGAAUCUCAUCUAUUUGGGAGCAGAUAUCAAUGAACAGGAGCAGUGUAAUGGCAGGACGGCUCUCCACUUAGCCGUGGACCUGCAGAACCUCGAGUUGGUGAAGCUUCUGAUCAGCAAAGGCGCUGAUGUGAACAGCUUGACGUACGGUGGCCACUCGGCGUAUCAUCUCACGCAUGGACGCCAGAACACCAACAUCCAGAAAGUGCUACAUGACGUCACGGAUCGGGACCUGCGUGAUCUGCCUGAGAGCGAGAGCGAGGAAAGCGAAGACGAAUACGACUACGUUGGCAACGAGCAAUCUGACGAUGAGUAUGAUGACAUUAAAAUGAUGGGGCAAGAGUAGAAAAGUGCUUCAGCGGUUCGGAGAGUUGAGAUGAUCGCAAAACUUCCGGUCCUGCAAGAGGAGACGUGGGAUAAAAGGCUACAGGAGGACAUGCUGAGAAAAAUGUGACCCUGAGCCUGGAACACGCAUGCAGAAGACCACGGAUGCAGAGGAGAAAUGUGCAGGAAGAAAAGAUCCAAGUCAUAAACAAACUGGAAGCUAGAAAAAGAGAGAAGACGGCAGAUGUGCUGCUAAGGUCCGCGCCGAUGUUGAGUUUUAAUAUCAUAAUUAUCUAACAAUACAUCAUGGUUUACAAUAAUAUCGCCAAGGGCAUGUGUCCCUUCCAACAUCAAUACAUCCGAAAUAAGGACACUUGGAAAAGAACUAGGAUGAUGUGGUGCGUUAAAUAUCGCGGUGUAUCAUAUAACUGAUAAUUGGCGCACACCUGGUGUCUGGACUGAAGCUCCGCCCCUGCAGUGCUCUUGUAUGAAACUGUAAUAUAUUGUGGAUAGACAGAUUUAUUUUUAUAUGUGUAAAUGUGUACAGAUGUGUAUUCUGUUGGAAAUUCCGACAUUUUCUGCUAAAUUAAAACCCCAUAAUUGCGCA